AGGUCUAUGUCUUCACUGCCUCCCGAACCCUUCAUGAUAAUGAGAUCAAAAGCACUGAAUAAACGAGUUGUGAUAAAUGUAGGCGGAGUAAGGCAUGAAGUGCUCUGGAGGACCUUGGAUCGAUUACCGCACACAAGACUUGGUCGUCUUCGAGACUGCAACACACACGAAUCCCUGACUGAAAUCUGCGACGACUACUCCCUCAUAGAGAAUGAAUACUUCUUCGAUCGUCAUCCGAAAUCCUUCUCGUCCAUCCUUAACUUCUACCGUACCGGAAAACUCCAUUUGGUGGACGAAAUGUGCGUGCUGGCGUUCAGCGACGACCUGGAGUACUGGGGCGUGGACGAACUCUACCUCGAAUCCUGCUGCCAGCACAAAUACCACCAAAGGAAGGAACACGUCCACGAGGAGAUGCGCAAGGAGGCGGAAUCCUUGCGACAGAGGGACGAAGAAGAGUUCGGAGAGGAUAAGUGUUCACAGUACCAAAAAUGGUUGUGGGAUAUGCUGGAGAAGCCUACUACGUCAAUUGCUGCAAGGGUGAUAGCCAUCGUUUCAAUCUUAUUCAUAAUACUGUCAACAAUCGCACUGACCCUGAACACCAUACCCAGCAUGCAGGUCAAUGACGAGAAGGGUAGUGUCCAAGACAACCCCCAGUUAGCGAUGGUCGAAGCCGUUUGCAUAACGUGGUUCUCCUUGGAAUACAUUCUUCGGUUUAGUGCUUCGCCGAAUAAGUGGAAGUUUUUCAAGGGUGGACUGAAUAUAAUCGAUCUAUUAGCCAUCCUUCCCUAUUUCGUAUCGCUAUUUCUGCUCGAAACUAACAAAAACGCUACCGAUCAAUUCCAAGACGUCCGAAGAGUGGUCCAAGUAUUUCGAAUCAUGCGAAUAUUGCGUAUCCUCAAACUCGCCCGACAUUCCACCGGCCUCCAGUCCUUAGGCUUCACUCUGCGAAACUCCUACAAGGAGCUGGGGUUGUUAAUGUUAUUCCUAGCGAUGGGAGUGCUUAUUUUCUCCAGCCUUUGCUACUUCGCCGAAAAGGAGGAGCCCGGUACUAAGUUCAUAAGCAUUCCAGAAACGUUCUGGUGGGCGGGUAUCACUAUGACAACCGUAGGUUAUGGUGACAUUUAUCCCACUACUCCUUUGGGAAAGGUUAUAGGAAGCGUAUGUUGUAUUUGUGGCGUAUUGGUGAUUGCGUUGCCCAUUCCUAUCAUAGUCAAUAAUUUUGCUGAGUUCUAUAAGAACCAAAUGAGAAGAGAGAAGGCACUGAAGAGGAGAGAGGCCCUGGAUAGGGCCAAGAGGGAGGGCAGCAUCGUCUCGUUUCAUCAUAUCAAUCUAAGGGACGCGUUCGCCAAGAGUAUGGAUCUCAUCGAUGUGAUAGUGGAUACAGAUAUGUCGGUAGGCCACAAUAUGUCGCACGCCGAUGGCAACAGCACCGAGGGGGAGUCGAUAGCGGGCGGGCGCAGCAACCAAGCCCAGACCGGCACCGGUUGCUACCGCAACUUCGACCACUUCCCCAACCGUCAUCGCAGGAGCAACUCUUCCACGCUGCCUUGUCUUCCAACCAACGAGGGUCCGCCGCAGACCGCUUCGCCUUCUUCGCAACGAAAGUUCGGGUUCGUCGUCGACGAGCUCUAUCAGAACGCACCUUCCUCGACCGUAGCUCCGCUAGCUCAGGACGAGACGCAGCUGAUUCCCAGUACGCCGAAGGAGUGCGUAUCGCCUUCGGUCGACAGUAAGAGAUCUGAUACGAAGAAGACUGAAAAAAUUGAAGAAAUGCCAAGCGAAUUUGAAUGUUGUUUCUGUACUUCAAAGGGCUUUAAGGAAAACGUGGACGCCGAAAACCUGAUGCCACUGACCAGCAGCGAUUUCCGUAAUCCCGUUUGUCUCGAGAUGAGGCUUCUUAAGGAAUCUGCCGAGCAAUACAUGAAUCAAUUUGGUUUCCCGGAAUUGGACGUCGAACAAACGAACAACGUCAACAGCGUCGACUUGAACAGCAUGGACAGCUCCGAUACUUUUGCAAGUUGUACCACACACCCGUUUAACUCACAAGGCGAUCUCACUUCCGAUAUAGUAGAUUCCAACAUUAUCGACAGUAACUUGUACGUCAACCCUCUGGACAAAAGUGGGGAUAACAGUCCCGUUAUCCCGACUGGCGUGAUGCGACCGAGUGGUGUCAAAAAAUCUGCCUCUGGAGACACGGCCCUCAGAAGUCUGGGGACUUCACCAAUGGACGAAACCUUUAAAGGCUUUGGAUUAUUGGAGAGGGGAAGCAGAGUUAGUUUAAACGAUUCUCCUCAUACGAGAAAUAGAAAGACUAGGUUUCAGGGUCGUCCACGCACUCGUUUUGGCGAAUCUAGAGGUGAAAUGGGCGAUAAUGAUUCUCAAGAAAGCUUGGAAAAGAAGAAGAAAUCGUCAUUUAUGUCAUCAAGAGGUUUAGCAUCGGCAACGCGUAUUAUCAAUCAGCAUUUGUUUGGACUGCAAAAUUUAGCAUCGAAACCCGGUAAAAAUGGUGGAAGCAAAUCAUCUUCCCUCUCCAUAGAAUCGAUAGACAGCCGUACCAGCCCUCAGUUGGAGCUACAUAGGCGAUCUAAAUCGAUCCUGAAGAAAUCGGAUAGCAGCAGCAAUCGAUACACCGAUCCGGAGAGCGAGCGACUAAUCAACGACAAUAUGUCGGGUUCGGACGUCGGAUUUAGCAGCGAUUAUUCUCCCAACAAGAGAAUGUCGUCACCACCCGUUGCCAGAAGAUCGGUUAGCCAGAAGUCGUCUUCGAAAAAUCUUUCCACGUACCAACAGGAACUCGAACGAACCCGCCUUCUUAAAUCGCAACUAUUCCUGCUGGACGACAUCAUGAAGGAAAAACAAUCGUGCAACGACAUGCCCGUAAUGGACUCGAACAAAUUGAAAAUGUGCGGUGACAACGUGAGUGAGAUGCCCCUGUAUAUCUGUCCCCCGCCACCGCCGCUGGAAAAUUCGCCGACAGAAGAUACCAGGUUGAUCUUCUGUUCUACAAUGGCGACAGCGCAUUCCCCGUCACACCCGCCGCUAACCCGGCAGUCUAACAAUUCCAUAUCUAAGGGACAUAAUCCGUCCUCGUAG